GCGGCAGGGCCGGCGGCGAGAGGCCCAUGGCCCGGCCGGGCAACGGGACCCCCGCGGGGGGGCGCCUCGGCGCGAUGAUCCCCCGCUCCCUGCACUGCAACUACAGCUGCCACACGCGGCCGUUCAGCGCCAUCGCCGAGCUGCUGGAUAAUGCCUCAGAUCCAGGCGUAUCAGCCAAGCUCCUCUGCAUCGAUGUCGUGGAGAUGAAGAAUGAACUUUGUCUGACCUUUACGGAUAACGGCGCCGGCAUGACACCUCACAAACUGCAUCGCAUGCUCAGCUUCGGCUUCAUGGAUAAGGUGGUGAAGAAGAGCCAUGCCCCCAUUGAGGUCUACGGCAGUGGCUUCAAGUCAGGCUCCAUGCGGCUGGGGAAGGACGCCGUGGUCUUCACCAAGAACGGGGGGGCCCUCAGCGUGGGGCUCCUGUCACAAACAUAUCUGGAAUGCGUCCAGCCCCAGGCGGUCAUUGUGCCCAUUGUGCCAUUCAACCAGCAAAACAAGAAGAUGAUCGUGACUGAGGACUCCUUAGCCAGCCUUGAGGCCGUCCUGAAGCACUCUCUCUUCAGCUCGGAGGAGGAGCUGCUGGCAGAAUUUGAUGCCAUCCCGAGCAAAAAGGGUACCCGCAUCUUCAUCUGGAACAUCCGCAGAAAUAAAGACGGGACCCCAGAGCUGGACUUCAGAACUGACAAGUACGACAUCCGAAUAUCAGGCCACGGGUCAGAGGAAGCAGCGAAUGCUGGGGAAAAGAGUGUCCCUCACCUCGAGAAGGGACGGGACUCCGUAGUGCCUGAAACAGAGUACUCUUUACGGGCAUAUUGCAGUGUUCUGUACCUGAAGCCACGCAUGCAGAUUUUUCUCCGCCAGAAGAAGGUUAACACCCAGCUGAUCUCCAAGAGCCUGGCCAGAGUAGAAUAUGAUAUGUACAAGCCCACCUUCACUAACGAGCGGGUGAGGAUCACUUUCGGGUUCAACUGCAAGAAUAACAACCAAUUUGGAAUCAUGAUGUACCACAAUAACCGGCUCAUCAAGUCCUAUGAGAAGGUGGGAUGCCAGUUAAAGCCGUCAGCUCCGGGAGAUGGGGUAGGAGUGAUUGGAGUCAUCGAGUGCAAUUUCCUGAAACCCGCCCACAAUAAGCAGGAUUUUGAGUACACCAAGGAAUACCGGUUAACGAUCGCUGCCCUCGGCCAGAAACUUAAUGCUUAUUGGAGGGAGAAGGCAUCUCUGGAGGACUCGCAGAGUUCAGCUCCUGCCAGGCCGAGAAUGGAGACCCCUGACCAGACAUGGGUGCAGUGCGAGGAGUGCUUGAAGUGGAGGAAGCUUCCCAAAAAGGUGGAUCCAACAUCACUACCGGAGAAAUGGUUCUGUUGCCUCAAUCCUCACCCGAGAUACAGGAACUGUUCAGUCCCAGAGGAACAGGAGCCCAGCGAUGAGGAGAUAAGUCCCAGCUAUGACCGGAAAGCUAGGAAACAAGAACAGACUCCUGAGAAGAGAAAGAAGUCUUUAGAGAGUGAAAGACACCAGACGUUUGCGGCUUCACCAAAGUCCCCUCGUAUGCCAAGAAUGGCUCAAUCCAGUCAUGUCAAGGAAGAAGAGCAUGACAGGAGGCCUGGCCCUCCCACUGCACCAACCCUGCUAGAAGAAACCAAAGCUGCCCUUUUGAAGCCUGAUGCUUUGGAGCCGAUAAUUCUACCAUUAAGCAGGCACGCACUCAAACCGCUCCCAGGAGAGCCUCUGGAGAAGCGGAGACGGUGCCACAAGUCACCACCGACAGCAUCUCCCCCAGACCUGGCCGGCCCCGGCCCCCACAAAAGAGAGCGUCCGGUCGACGUGGACCAAGAUGGGGAGCAUGGCCAGGAUGAGCCGGACCAGGGGAGAAGUGUGCCACCCCGGCUCCUCCCAGUAUUCCCGGGGACAGUCCGGAGCUCCCGCCACCUCGGGGAAGUGCCCCCAGAGGAACGUCAAGGGGCCCUGGAAAGUCUCUGGGAGGAGAGUGCAGCCAGUGAGCUCCCCGCAGAGCCGGAAGACCUAAUGCCAAGCUUAAUAGCUGAGGAAGCUGACAGACAUAGAAGAGGGUUUACGGCUGUGGGCCCAAGCCCAGAGGAAGCGAGCAAAGGGCCUUUCGUGGCAGUAGUAGGGGUCUCAGAGGUCAUUGCUGAUGGACAGGUGCCCAUCCGGCUGAUUCCGUUCAGCCGAGAGGAGAGGUCCGACCGAAGGAGGACAGUAGAAGGGGACGUGAACCAACCCCAUUCUGGAGAGCUGGAGGGAGGCUGGCCACAGGAUGGAGACCUCAGGCUACCCAGAGCCAGGGAACACCAGAAGGCCGAGGGAGGGGAAGAGGAGCAGGGGCGAGCCCAGAAGCUGGAGGAGCCAGAGGGAGCUGUGAAGCUGGAAGAGCCGGGGAGAGCUGGGGACCUGAAGGAGCCAGAGGGAGCUGGGAAGCUGGAAGAGCCGGGAAGAGCUGUGAAGGUGGAAGAGCUGGGGGGAGUUGCAGAGCUGGAGCAGCUGGGAAGAGCUGCAGAACAACUGAAAAGAGUCUUGGCAGAAAGGGAUUUGCUCCAACGGAAGGUGGAAGAGCUGGAACAGGAGAGAGGCUAUCUGCAGGCUGAGCAUGAGAAGACCCAACAGGAGGUGGUGAUUUUGCGGGCCCGGGAGACAGAAGGCCUGUACUGGAGCAAGAAGCACAUGGGCUACCGCCAGGCAGAGCUCCAGGUGCUGAAGGCCGAGCUGGAGCGGACCCUGGAGGAGAAGACGGAGCUGAAGGAGAGGCUGAAGGAGAGCCAGGUGCACCUGGAGGGGCUGCGAGCGGCUGCCAUCUCCCGCAGGAGCCCGGAAAGAGGAGACGCAAAGAGUCCCCCCCACAGUGCCGUGGAGAAGCUCAAGCAUCUGCGGGCGAAUGUCAGCCUGCUCCUGUCCUCCGUCCUUCCGUACCUGGAGCUCCACGAGAUCGACUUCGACUCGGAUCAGGUGGACGAGAUCCUGCAGACGGUGUUAGAGACCAACCACAUCCUGGAAUGACCCUUCCCCUUUCCCUGGACUCCUGGCCCAUUGUACAGAAUGUUUUAUUAAACCCCCAGCCCACUU